AUGUCCUCGCCACGCAGGCGCAUCGAGACCGACGUCAUGAAGCUUCUCAUGAGCGACUACGAGGUCAAUCUCGUCAACGACAGCAUGCAGGAGUUCUACGUCAAGUUCAAGGGUCCCGCCGAAACCCCGUUCCAAGGCGGCGCCUGGAAGGUUCACGUCGAGCUCCCCGACGGGUACCCGUACAAGUCGCCCUCAAUCGGCUUCACCAACAAGAUCUUCCACCCCAACAUCGACGAGCUGUCGGGCUCGGUCUGCCUCGACGUCAUCAACCAGACGUGGUCGCCCAUGUUCGACAUGGUCAACAUCUUCGAGGUGUUCCUCCCGCAGCUCUUGCGGUACCCGAACGCCGCCGACCCGCUCAACGGCGAGGCUGCCGCCCUCCUCAUGCGUGACCAGAAGGGCUACGACGCCAAGGUUCGAGAGUACGUGCAGAAGUUUGCCAGCUCGGGCGCGUCGAACGACUCGGACGGCGACGACAGCGACAACUCGGAUUCGGACGACGACGACGACAACAACAACUACAGCGCUGGCGAGGACGACGGCGUCGAGGACAUGGAGGUCUGA